UGGGAAAGGACCCGUGCAUCGACUCACAUGUGGUUGUGAGCGCGUGAACUUUUCUGAGCGCGGAGAAGAAGACGAAGGAGGGGGAAAAACUCCAUUUAUUCCACUUUAAUUUUUAUUUUCCACAUUAAACAUGAAGCCUGGUUUCAGUCCCCGCGGCGGUGGAUUUGGUGGAAGAGGACGCGGUGGGGACCGAGGAGGACGCGGUGGAGACCGAGGAGGGUUUAGAGGAGGGCGAGGAGGGUUUAGAGGAGGGCGAGGUGGUGGAGGUGGAGGUUUUAGGUCUCCGAGUGGUGAAGGAGGAUUCCGGGGCCGUGGUGGAGGCAGAGGCAUGUCGAGGGGACGUGGGGGCAGAGGUGGAGGAGGAGGGUUCAGAGGAGGAAGGAAGGUGACCGUGGAGCCUCACAGACAUGAAGGUGUGUUUAUCUGCCGCGGGAAGGAAGACGCCCUGGUGACGAAGAACAUGGUGGUGGGAGAGUCCGUGUACGGGGAGAAGAGAAUCAGUGUCGAGGACGGAGAAGCGAAGAUCGAGUACAGGGCGUGGAACCCGUUCCGCUCUAAGCUGGCGGCGGCCAUUCUGGGAGGAAUCGAUAAGAUCCACAUCAAACCCGGAACCAAAGUCAUGUACCUGGGAGCGGCGUCAGGAACCACCGUGUCUCACGUCUCCGACAUCGUCGGACCUGAUGGUUUGGUGUACGCAGUGGAGUUUUCUCACCGUUCCGGCCGAGAUUUAUUGAACGUGGCUAAAAAAAGAACCAACAUUAUUCCCAUUAUUGAAGACGCCAGACAUCCGCACAAAUACCGCAUGCUGGUCGGGAUGGUCGAUGUGAUUUUCGCUGACGUUGCUCAGCCGGAUCAGACGCGUAUCGUCGCCCUCAAUGCUCACAACUUUCUCAAAAACGGCGGCCAUUUUGUCAUCUCCAUCAAGGCAAACUGCAUCGACUCAACAGCGUCGCCCGAGGCAGUGUUCGCGUCCGAGGUGAAGAAGAUGAGCUCCGAGAACAUGAAACCUCAGGAGCAGCUGACGCUCGAGCCAUACGAGAGAGACCACGCUGUGGUCGUAGGGGUGUACAGGCCGCCUCCUAAACAGAAGAAAUGAAGACGCAGCGGUGUAAAUUUGUGUUUGGACGUUUUUCUGUUCUUGCUGAUCCUCCAGCUUUGACCACUGACUGACACACACUGCCUUUAAUCCUCAUCUGCUUUCUCCAGCCGUGUGUGUGUGUGUGUGUGUGUGUGUGUGUGUGUCAUCACUGGAGGUGAAGAACUUCCACAGUACAUCAGUGUUAAUGAUCCUGUGCUAUUUCAGUAACAUAGCUCUCUCCAUGCUAAUCAGCGGCGUGACUCGAUCAGGAAGUUCUUACUGUAUAUUAUAGUAUAUUAAACCAUGAGAAGUUUGUUUUACUUUAGGUGAAUCCUUUGCUUUUCAGCAUCGUUCUGCUUUCUUUCAUGUCCAAAAUUAUGUUGGUCAUGUGACUGUACAGACUGAUGAUGAGUUUUUGUUUUUUAUUAAAUAAUUUCAAACACCUUUA